GAUUUAAUAUAAUUAUUUAUAGUCGAAGAUGUUCGCAGGCAAACUAAUUUUGUCAAGAUUUGGAGCUCCUACAGCUAAAAGAGCAGUAGGACUCGGAAAGUUAUUCACUGCUAAGAGGUUUGCUUUUAGUCCUCUCGUUCUUAACGGAGUCAUGAGAAGAUCUUACCAUGAGAAUGUUAUUGAUCACUACGAAAAACCUAGGAAUGUGGGAAGUCUCGAUGCCAAAAGCAAGGAUGUAGGAACUGGUCUCGUUGGAGCCCCUGCUUGUGGAGAUGUCAUGAAACUUCAGAUCCAAGUGAACAAGGAUGACAACAAGAUUGAAAAGGCAGUAUUUAAGACCUUUGGAUGUGGUAGCGCGAUUGCCAGUUCUUCAUACGCAACAGAGAUUUUACACGGCAUGCAUUUGGAUGAUGCUAUGAAUAUCAAGAACAAGGAUAUUUCAGAACACUUGAAACUACCACCAGUAAAGUUGCACUGCUCAAUGUUGGCUGAAGACGCUAUCAAGGCUGCUGUCAAGGACUAUAGAAAGAAAGCUGAUCUUGCUGAUUAAUCUCAUAUUUGUG